GUUUUAGCCUCAAGUGCAUUAAAGAGAAGAAGGUCCCCAUCGGGGUCACUGUGGUCGUAGCUGGGUUGCUUCUUGCCAUCAUUGCACUGGCGGCUAAGAAACAUCCAUCCUGUCCCUCCUGCCCUUCUCCCGUCCUCCUCAGCUGCCUGGAGAACGGGAUCGGGUACGGGGAGAAGUGCUUCUACUUCAUGGAGGCCGAAGCUGACUGGAACAGGAGUCAGAUCUCCUGCCUGACUCUUGGAGCCCACUUGGCCACCAUCACCACCCGGGAAGAGCUGCAUUUCCUCUUGCGCUAUGGGAGUUCCUUGCACUACUGGGUUGGUCUCCGAAGGGAAGACUCUGGACCUUGGAAGUGGUUUAAUGGGUCUCUCCUCAACAACCUGUUGUACGUGCGGGGUGAGGGACAAUGUGCCUACAUUGAUGGUGAUGGGAUCAGCAGUACAUGGUGCUCCCAGAAGAAAUUCUCCAUCUGCAGCCACCCACCAAUGACAGUGUCCCGACAGGAUUCAAAAACCCUCAGAUCCCUGAAUUUCACCUGA